AUGUUCCUGUCUCUUUAUUUUAUUUGUUUCUUUUUGUCCACCUCCCCUAAAUCACACCCCUGGACUCAUUUCCUUCAAGCACCUCUCUCUCCUCUUCUGGCAUUUGCCCAGUAUGAUGACUCGGCACCAGUACCUCGUUUUCACCCUUCACCAACAAAUGUAACUUUUCAUCGGGGAGAAACAGCAAUUCUUCACUGCUUAAUAGAAAAUUUGGGCACUAAAACAGUUAUGUGGCGGAAGGCAUCUGACCCCCAUCCUUGGACAAUUGGUACCUAUACUUAUGUGAAAGAUUCCAGUGUAUCUGUCAGUCAUGUAGAAAAUUCAAAUGAAUGGAAUCUGUUGAUAAAACAAGUCCAGAAAAGACACGGUGGCGUAUAUGUAUGUCAAGUCAGUACAAGAGACAGGAUAUCUCGACAGGUGCUCUUAAGAGUAAAUGAUAAUCCUGUAAAAGAAGAUACAAAACCAAGCAUUCAAGUGUCUGGUACAUCAUACAUCGAGAAAGGUGAUCCCAUUCAUCUAGUGUGCAAUACAACUGGGUCAGAAUAUCCUCCACAAGACUUAGACUGGUUCAAAGAUGGUAAUAAAAUUAGUACAGAUACUUUGAAAAAGAUUUAUAUAAAUAAAUACCACAUUCAUGACACAAAGACUUUGACAAGCACCUUGGAAAUCACACACAGCAAGAUGUCUGAUGCAGGAGAAUAUGUAUGCCGUAGCUCAAACCUGGAAAUCACGAGUAUAAAAGUUCAUGUCCUGAAUGAACGUGAGUCAUCAACAAUAAAGCGAAAAGGCAUACACAAGAAAGAUUCAGAACUUUGUAAGUAG